AUGAUCACUUCAAAUAUGUUUUGUGCUGGUUACCUAGAAGGGGGAAAAGACUCAUGCCAGGGGGAUUCUGGUGGACCACUGGUCUGCAAUGGUCAGCUGUAUGGAGUGGUCUCCUGGGGUAGAAACUGUGCCUGGCGUGGAUUUCCUGGUGUCUACAACAAAGUCUGCAUCUAUUCUGACUGGAUUAAGAAUGUUAUGGAGAAUAACUGA